AUGGCUGUCGACAACAACAGCACUACCACCACCACCGGUCCCAAGACUAUCCGCAAACUCGGCCCCAGUGAACACUACUCCUCGUCCCGCCACCAUCUCGGCAUCUACCGCUGCGUCACCGUCGCUGUCCGCCACUUCCACCCCCAACCCUCACCUCUCCUCCAAGGCACCCAAAUCAGCCCAGCCUUCUUCGCCGCCCUCGCCUCCAUAGUCAAAGACCAGCCCAUUCUCCGCGUAGGCAUCACCGGCGAAGAGUCCAGCAACGCCCACUGGACGCACAUUCCGCAAGUCGACUUGCGUGACCACGUCUCUGUUGAGCUGGUGCCUUGCGAGACGGUGCAAGAGUAUGAGGACAAAAUUGCCGAGCGUCAGGGCUGGGAACAAGACCAGAAGUGGCAGAAUCUGGAGACGCGCUCGCCAUGGAGAAUCACAAUCUUGAGGCCCAGCAGCGACAACGAAUCUGUCCUGAAAGAGCUCGGCGGACAGGAAGACGUCUUCCUUUUCUUCCACCACGCCCUCAUGGACGGCACCAGCGGCCGCGAAUUCCACGAGAUGCUGCUCUCAGCCUUGGCUGCUCACCAAAACCAAGACAAGGACUUUUCAACUGUGCUCUCCUUUCCUGAACCCCCCUCUCUCAACGAGCCCCUCGAAGAUGCCGUCAACUUCACCUUCUCGUGGCGCUUUAUGCUCGGCGUCCUGUGGAACCACUAUGGCCCCCGAUUUCUCAAGCCCAAGCCACAGCCUGUCUGGAACGCAAAGCCCUACAAUUUCUCGCUGCCAUACAAGACGCGCAUCAAGCCCAUUGACAUCUCCCCCGAGACUCUGUCCGUCCUCCUAGAAGCCUGCAGGAAACACUCCGUCACGCUCACGGCGCUUCUUCACUCUCUGGUCCUAACUUCGCUCGCCACACGUCUCUCUUCAUCUCCUGCAGAAUCACCGGCCUUCUUUUCCGGCACACCCAUCAGUCUCAGGCCCUACCUCGCCAAAAAGCCCGACGACAUGGACAAAACAUCUGCAUCUCCUCCUCUGCGCUGCCUCGUUAGCACCUGCUUCCACCAAUUCUCCCCCGCAACAGUCUCUGCCCUGCGCGCCCCCAACGCAGACAUCAACGCCCUGAUCUGGGAAAACGCAGCCCAGGCGAAGAAAGACCUCGCCACCAAACUCGCCCUCAUCCCCAGAGACGAUAUAGUAGCCAUGCUCAAAUAUGUCAGUAACUGGAUGGAGUUCUGGCGCAAAAGGGACGGCAUGCCGCGCAGCGAAUCGUGGGAGAUUAGCAAUGUUGGUGUGCUGAAGAGUGCGGAGACGACGGAUAGCCCUAGGGCGACGAGGAUGCUGUUUUCGAAUGGAGCGAUGGCUGCUGGGCCGCCUAUUGGUGUUGAUGUGGCGAGUGUUGCAGGAUCGAAACUGACUCUUAGUGUAUCUUAUCAGGAUAAGGUUGUGGAUGAUGAGUUGGUUGAGCAGCUGAGGAGUGAUUUGCGGGGAUAUGCUGAGAAGUUGGCUGAGACUGGCACCUCUUUUGUCUGA